UAGAGAUAUCUAUAUAUGACAUGAACCUGUGUUGAGGCUCAUAUUUACUAUAGGAAAAAGAAGCAUUUACGCGGGCAAAUGAGGAGUAAAGAGACGAUCAUUGCGAUCAAAAAUGACUUUGCUAUAAAACGCAUGAUUAAAGUAUGAAAAAAGUAACGCUAGCGAGGAGAUAUUGCAUUCAACUAAAAACCAAACGACCAUAAAUAUUUUGUGUUACUCCUAACGUCCAUUAUCAUUUUUUAAUUGAAAACUACAUGUGUCAAACAAAUUUUCAUGAAUGAUAAAUCAGUGACGGUAUAGUCAAUUCCGUAAUAAAAUUUACAACCCUGUCUCCAUUCACAGUGCCUCCAUUUAUUGUCGAUGUGGUCGAUGCAGGUUUAUCAAACAACUUUUUUUAUUUUCGUUUCUUCAUAGAUUAUAGUAGUACCUACUGCAAAAGAUAUAUUCGUUGCCCAUAUUAUAGAUAUAGUAAAAGGUAAAUUCUUGAUUGCUACUUAUUGUUUUUAAAAAAGAGCUUGGAAUAUUUCAUAAGUCACUAGCCAUGAUAACAAAUAUAUAAAUAAUAUAUCCAAAUUGUAAACUUUUUCCUUUACAAGAAAUAAAAUGGAAUGUGCGUUUGUUCAGAGAUGUGAUAUGCUUGUAUUGAAAAAGGUAAUGAUCGUAGGCCACCAAACCUUUUCCAAUUUUAAGGGACACUUUUUUCCUUGUUAUUUGAAACUAAAUAGGUAAAAUAAAUGACAUUUUGUUAUACAUAAUAUAGUAAUAUUACAUAGUUAUUGUGAGAGUAUAAGCUUCCACAUGAAAAAAUUUAACUGAGACAUGCGUACUAAUCCACUUAUCACUAAUUAGUUUUAAGUUGGUAGCCCUUACGCGAGAGUUUAUAUUCUCACGGUUAUAUAUAUAUUGGAAAUAACAUUUUUGUAAAAAGGUUACACAAUACUAAGAUAAGUAAACAGUAUAAAUUCAAAAUAAACUUAAACAAAAUUAAAAUAAUCAGUUUAAACAGAAUAUAUCAUAUAAUUUUAUAAUCACCCUUUGGCCUCUAUAAGGCUGUGCAAAGGCAUUGCGUUUGUUGACAAAUAAUUCAAGGAAUACCAACUCAUAUCCUCUCCUUUGAUAAAGUGUAGUCUUUUUUUUAGUCAAAUUAAUAUCUAAUCAAACACUUUGGUUUGGUAUAAUGUCCAUUAACUCUUUGGUUCUUCACACUUUCCACUAUAUAUAUUAAUAUAUACACACAUUUAUUGAGAGCAGAGCAGAGAGAGAGAGAGAGAGAGAAACAGAGAGCAAUGGAGGUUGAGAAGACACAGGAGAACACUAUAGGGGGAGAGGAUGAUGAGUCAAAGAUCAUCUACAGAGGAUGGAAAGUCAUGCCUUUCAUCAUUGGAAAUGAGACAUUUGAGAAGCUUGGAAUAGUUGGGAGCUCAUCGAAUCUAGUCAUCUACUUAACGACGGUUUUCAACAUGAAGAGCAUCACGGCGGCGACCGUCGUCAACAUCUACGGUGGUACAAGCAACUUCGGCACCAUAGUCGCCGCUUUCCUCUGUGACUCUUACUUCGGCCGCUACAAAACCCUUUCUUUCGCCAUGCUCGCUUGCUUCCUCGGUUCUGUAGCGAUGGAUCUAACGGCUGUGAUUAACCAGCUGCAUCCAGAUAAAUGCGCUAAGGAGAUAGGAAGCGUGUGCAAGGGGCCAUCCAUCGGACAGAUAGUGUUUCUCGCCGGAGCAAUGGUUUUGCUGGUGAUCGGAGCCGGUGGGAUCAGGCCAUGCAAUCUUCCCUUUGGUGCUGAUCAGUUUGAUCCCAAGACUAAAGAAGGGAAGCGAGGGAUAGAGAGUUUCUUUAAUUGGUACUUCUUCACCUUCACGUUUGCUCAGAUGGUGUCGUUAACGCUCAUCGUCUAUGUUCAGUCAAACGUGAGCUGGAGCAUUGGUUUAGCCAUCCCAGCUAUCUUGAUGUUACUUGGUUGCAUCAUCUUCUUCGCUGGCUCUAAGCUUUAUGUCAAGGUUAAAGCUAGUGGCAGUCCUAUUCAUAGCAUCACACGAGUCAUCGUUGUUGCGAUCAAGAAAAGGAGGUUAAAGCUCGUUGGUUCGUCUUCUGACGGUCUUUAUAACUAUAUAGCAAAGGACUUCAAGAACUCGAAACUUAGCCAUACAAAGCAGUUUAGGUGUCUUGACAAAGCGGCAAUCCAAACACCAGACGACAAGCUGAACAUAGAUGGGUCACCAGCUAACCCAUGGAACCUCUGCAGUGUCCAGCAAGUGGAGGAAGUGAAGUGCGUGAUCCGGGUGCUUCCGGUUUGGCUCUCAGCCGCCUUGUUCUACCUAGCUUACAUUCAACAAACAACCUACACAAUCUUUCAGUCUCUUCAAUCCGAUAGACGCCUCGGUUCAGGAUCUUUCCAGAUCCCAGCGGCGACUUAUACUGUCUUCUUGAUGCUUGGAAUGACAAUCUUCAUACCUAUCUACGACCGCGUCCUUGUACCUUUCCUUAGAAAGUAUACAGGAAGAGACGGCGGUAUCACACAGCUUCAGAGAGUUGGAGCAGGCUUGUUUCUAUGCAUCGCAAGUAUGAUGGUGUCCGCAGCAGUAGAACAACACAGAAGAAAUGUAGCUUUGACAAGACCGCCGCUAGGUUUUGCACCAAGAAAAGGAGCAAUCUCAUCCAUGUCCGGUAUGUGGCUGAUCCCUCAGCUAGUGCUAAUGGGUAUCGCAGACGCACUAGCUGGAGUUGGUCAAAUGGAGUUUUACUACAAACAGUUUCCAGAGAACAUGAGAAGCUUUGCAGGUUCUUUGUAUUAUUGUGGGAUUGGUUUGGCGAGUUACCUUAGCAGCUUUUUGUUAUCGGCAGUGCACGAUGUCACGGAGGGAUCUUCUGGUGGGAACUGGCUUCCUGAAGAUUUAAACAAAGGGAAGCUGGAGUAUUUUUAUUACUUUGUUGCUGGUAUGAUGACUCUAAACUUUGCUUAUUUCUUGUUAGUAUCACAUUGGUACCGUUACAAAGAUGUUGUGGUCAAAGACAAGGACAUGGACAAGUCUUGUAAUGAGUUUGAUAAGGUUUCAGUGUAAUAAAGAUAUGUACUUCUGCCUCUUUGGGUUUAGGAGUUUGAGUUGGCUCUGAGUCAACACCUUUAAACAAAACAUUACAUAAA